AUGGCAAGUUCUAGAAUUGGAAACGCCAGUCCUUCAGAAUUCCGCCUUGUUUUAACGAAACUUACUGAAGUUCAAAAGAAAUUGGACACAACAGAUCAAUCGUCAGUCAUAGCGCAGCUGAGACAAGUGAAUGAUUCACUUCAAAUCGUUGAGGGAAACCAGACCGAUAUUUCCGAUGCCAUCCUUAACAAGCUGCAGGGUAUCGAGACGCGGAUCGAGACAGGUUUCAAAGCCUUGGAGGAGAAGAUUGCAGCUUUAGAAAGAAAAGUUGUGGACGGUCCUGCAAUCGCAGAGGGAAGCGCUUUCGGAAUGCUAACGCCACCAAGUUCUUCAAAGAAAAGAAAAAUCGCCCGCCAUCCAGAUCUCUCGGUGAGUAAUCUUAGUCGACAACAUAAACGUUAUUCUUAGUGCAUGUUUCUUACGCAGCUUAGAUUAAUAUGAUGACUUGCUUUCAAAAAUUUUGCGGCUUGCCAACCAAACUCGAGAGCUGGUUUUGAAAUGCGCGCCAUACAAAUUUUCGAUUUCUCACACCUAUUGUUUUUCUUGCCGCACAACCGCCUGUAUAUAUAUUUGACAGACCGCUUGUGUCCUGUUUCAAAGGCGCCGAGGAAUCUUUAAUAAUAAUUUCUUCAUUGUUCAGUUUGGAAAUACAUGGAACCCGCACUUUUAAUACUAAUGAACUGUUAUCGUUCACAGCACUAUGUUCGUUCAAAGAUUGAACAGUUAGGCCUUGCAUGGAACACUGACAAGAAGUAAGCCUAAGCUUAAUAAAUCAUGUUUAAAGUUAUAUAAUAUAAGCUAAUGUAGAAACAAAAAGUUGUUGAAAAGUAAAAAAAAAUGUUUUUUGCUUGAAAUGUCUUCCUUUGGAUGCUCAAAGAAAUUAUUUGAUGGUGAGCUAGCUGGCUGAUUGUGUAGCUUGUUGUAGACAUUUGGGGCUGAGCUCUUCAUCAGUGGAAGUCAAAAGAUGAUAUGUUGUUGAGAAAGAUCUCUGGGCCAUGAGAGACAGAAAGUUAAUUUCUCAACAAAACAUCACCUGCCGAUCAGACUUCCACUGUUGAAUGGCUAAGCCCAAACAUUUGGAACAAAAAAUUUUUUAAUCUGCACUUUAUACUUGAGCACAAGAACUCUGUUUUAUCCUGUUUUAACUCAAAAGUUAUCUUUCCCAGUUAGAUUUUCAGAUUAUUAAUGGAUGGGAUUAUUUCAAUUUCUUACAGAGAGAAUGAACCACCAAACCUAGCUGUAGUAGCCACCAUCUUGAAAGAGGUCAAAGAAGUAGAGCAGAUUCAAAAUGAUUCUCUUUGUACAGAAAGAAGAAUUCUAGGUAUGAUUGAAUGGGGAUUGUUUAGCCAAAUAAACACAAUUUGUCUUCAACUUUGGGUUGAAUUUUUUUGAGGCAAGUGCCCCGUCUUGCCCCUUGCUCACUACAACCCUGAAAACUGACAAUCUUUUUCAUAUAACUUAUUGUGGCGUACUUACCUUUCCUUUCAGAUGCUAUUUCUCAAAACUUUGCAUCAUCAAAGAAACGUAGACGACAGGAAGAAAAUGGUACUUACGAGCAUUAUCAGAGGGAGCAAAAGAAGCGACAAAGAAUUAAAAGGGUAAAAAAAUUUGUUUGGCUCUUUAACACUUUAUUAUCUUAUCAGCUUGUAUGUUUGAGUAAAUUUCAAAAGGUUUGAAUUCAAGUUUGAUCUAAAAACAGGGUAAGGUUCAAAUUACACUGUAGAUCUGCUGAUAAAAAACAUUUUAUGCCAAGAACAACUCUGACCAGUGACACAAGGGCUCUAUAAAUGUUUUAUUGUAGGAAUUGCUUACCAUUUGGUAUUAUAAAAACUUAUUUCACAUUUUCCCUUUUAGAAACUGGAUAAGAGACUCAAAGUGGCAAGUGAAGAAGAGAAGAGACAACCAAUUUUUGAGGCCCUGCAUCCUAGUCUUGUCUCCUCAGACGAGUCUGAUGAAGAAGAUCCCACAUCAAUGGUAACAAGGCCCCUUACCUGGAGGACAGAAGAAGUUACCAACUUCUUCCAUAUGCUAGACCAGAGGUAUAAGUCUUCCAUGACGAAUCAGCAAAAGAGGCAGUCAGUAAACAGAAGGGUUGGUAGACCAAGUCAUAGAAAUAGUAGAGAGAUCCCAGAAAAAUUGCUCUGGGCCACCACCUAA